AACCGGUGCGAAACCAGCUGACACGUCAGCCGAUAAUUAAAUAAUUAAAAAAAAAAAAACUCAAACUCAAAACGAGUGAAAUAUUCGGGAGAAAUGGAGGGAAAAUAAAAACAAUCUUUCGAAGAACCCCCGAAAUGUUUACUCUGAUUGUAUCUUGGUCUGUGGUCGCCGCCGUCGCCUUCUUUACGGGUCCGAAAGCACACUGGUCACUGAGUGAGGAGGUGCUUGGUACGAGAUAAAGUAGUUGCUUGCAGAGAGAAAGAUUCAGAAAUACAAGAUUUGAAGGAAAAGAUAGUGAAACUCAAUAGCUACGGCAGGCAGUUGGAGAAGAAAAAAACAGAACUUAUACAAAAGGUGAAGUCACAACAUGGAAAAAGGAAAAGAACAUUCAUCUACCAUAAGACCAUCUACCUCAAAUCCCCCAUCUGUGGACAUACCAUCAACUUCUCCAAACAUCCCAAUGCACGGUUACUAUCGACCCUCAUCCGCGGAUAUACCAUCAAUUUCUCCAAACAUCCCAAUGCACGAUUUCUAUGGAGCAGUGCCUGUGUGGUCACCAGGUUUUCUCCCAUUUCCCGCUGUCAACCAAUAUCCAAGCAAUAUACAGAAUGCUAGUUACCCAUUUCAACAUGGCUUGGAAAGCCAGUUGUCUCUCAGCAAUACCUCCGUUACAAGCAGAUUUCUGGGUACGGAGGAUACUAGACCCUUAGUUGGGGAAACUCAAUCGGCAGCUACAUCUUCUAGAGUUGAAGAAAUUCAUCUUGAUAGACGAGAUGCACAAGAAAUCGAGUGUGGUAGUGCCGAAACAUCUCAGAAAGUGGAAAUGGAUGGUGAUGAUGAGCCCGUUUCGGGGAUGUAAUUUAAUUCAUUAGAAGAUUUAAUGAGUUAUUAUAAGGAAUAUGGCAAAAAAUGCGGGUUUGGGGUGAUGAAAAAAAGGAGUGAGAGGGGAGAGGAUGAGACUGUGAGAUAUGUCACUCUUGCCUGUGCCUGUGGAGGGAAGGCCCGGAAUAGGACUAUAAAUGUCGCCAACCCACGUCCGACAGGAAAGACGGAAUGUAAGGUAAAAAUUAAUGCCUUAAAAGUUGCUGACGGAAAGUUUUGGCUGACUACAGUUCACAAUCUCCACAACCACAGCCUCAGUCCAAAGAAAUCUCGCUUCUUUUGAUGUAAUCGAGAAGUGAGUGAAUCUGUUAAAAGGGUCCUAGAUACAAAUGAUUUGGCCGGCAUCCGAAUGAAUAAGAGUUUUGGGUCUCUUGUUGUUGGCGCAGGUGGUUUUGAGAACCUCCCGUUUUUGGAAAAGGAUUGUCGUAACUACAUCGACAAGGCACGACAUCUACGAUUGGGCGCAGGUGGUGCUGGAGCGCUUCGAGGCUACUUUCUACGAA